GCCGGAUCCCAGCGGGGCGGGCGGGGCGGACAGCGCCGAGGGGAUCCCGGCGCGGCCGAGGGCCCCGGACUCGGCUCCGCCAGGCGACAUGGACCGGAUGGCCAGCUCCAUGAAGCAGGUGCCCAAUCCCCUUCCCAAAGUGCUGAGCCGGCGCGGCGUCGGCGCGGGGAUGGAGGCGGCGGAGCGCGAGAGCUUUGAGCGGACUCAGACUGUCAGCAUCAAUAAGGCCAUUAAUACGCAGGAAGUGGCUGUAAAGGAAAAACACGCCAGAACUUGCAUACUGGGCACCCACCAUGAGAAAGGGGCGCAGACCUUCUGGUCUGUCGUCAACCGGCUGCCCCUGUCCAGCAACGCCGUGCUCUGCUGGAAGUUCUGCCACGUGUUCCACAAACUCCUCCGAGAUGGACAUGCAAACGUCCUGAAGGACUCUCUGAGAUACAAAAACGAAUUGAGUGACAUGAGCAGGAUGUGGGGCCACCUGAGCGAGGGGUACGGGCAGCUCUGCAGCGUCUACCUCAAACUGCUGAGAACGAAGAUGGAGUACCACACCAAAAAUCCCAGGUUUCCGGGCAACCUCCAGAUGAGUGACCGGCAGCUGGACGACGCUGGAGAGAGUGAUGUUAACAACUUUUUUCAGCUAACGGUGGAGAUGUUCGACUACCUGGAGUGCGAACUUAACCUCUUCCAAACUGUGUUCAACUCCCUGGACAUGUCCCGCUCUGUGUCGGUGACAACAGCUGGGCAGUGCCGCCUUGCCCCACUGAUCCAGGUCAUCUUGGACUGCAGUCACCUCUAUGAUUACACUGUCAAGCUUCUCUUCAAACUCCACUCCUGUCUCCCAGCUGAUACCCUGCAAGGCCACCGGGACCGUUUCAUGGAGCAGUUCACAAAGUUGAAAGAUCUGUUCUACCGCUCCAGCAACCUUCAGUACUUCAAGCGGCUCAUUCAGAUCCCUCAGCUGCCCGAGAACCCACCCAACUUCCUCCGGGCCUCUGCCCUGUCAGAACACAUCAGCCCCGUGGUGGUGAUCCCAGCCGAGGCCUCGUCCCCUGACAGCGAGCCAGUCUCGGAGAAGGAUGACCUCAUGGACAUGGAUGCCUCCCAGCAGAAUUUGUUUGACAACAAGUUUGAUGACAUCUUUGGCAGCUCAUUCAGCAGUGACCCCUUCAAUUUCAACAGUCAGAACGGUGUGAACAAGGAUGAGAAGGAUCACUUAAUUGAUCAAUUGUACAAAGAGAUCAGUGGGCUGAAGGCACAGCUGGAAAACAUGAAGACUGAGAGCCAGCGAGCUGUCCUGCAGCUGAAGGGCCGCAUUAGUGAGCUGGAGGCCGAGUUGGCCGAGCAGCAGCACCUGCGGCAACAGGCGGCUGAUGAGAGCGAGUUCCUCCGGGCCGAGCUGGAUGAGCUCAAGAAGAAACGAGAAGACACGGAGAAGGCACAGCGGAGCCUGACAGAGAUAGAAAGGAAAGCCCAGGCCAAUGAGCAGCGGUACAGCAAGCUCAAGGAGAAGUACAGUGAGCUGGUGCAGAACCACGCGGACCUGCUGCGGAAGAAUGCAGAAGUGACUAAACAGGUGUCUGUGGCCAGACAAGCCCAAGCAGAUUUGGAACGAGAGAAAAAAGAGCUAGAGGAUUCCUACCAGCGCAUAAGUGAGCAGGCCCAGCGGAAGACUCAAGAGCAGACGGAAGUACUAGAGAAUUUGAAGCAAGAACUUGCCACCAGCAAGCAGGAGCUCCAGAUUGCCCAGGGCAGCCUGGAAACCUGUGCCCAGGCAGAAGAAAAAUGGGUGACUCGGAUUGCUGAACUGGAGAAGGAGCGGGACAGCCUGGUGACUGCCAUGGCUCGUCGAGAAGAGGAAGUCUCUACUCUUCAGGAACAGCUGGAACACACCCAGAGCAAACUGUCCAGUGCACAGGAAUCUAUGUGCCAGCUCGCAAAGGACCAACGAAAAAUGCUUCUGGCAGAGUCAAGGAAGGCUGCGGAGAAGGUGAUACAAGAGGCCCUGAGGCAGCUUGAGGAGCCCACUCUCAUCAGCUGCCCUGGAUCUGCAGAUCACCUUCUUUCCACGGUCAAGUAUGUUUCCAACUGUAUUGAGCAACUGGAAAAAUGCUGGAGCCAGUAUCUGGCCUGCCCAGACGGUAUCAGUGGGCUCCUGCACUCAGUAACCCUCCUCGCCCGCUUGACCAGUGAUACCAUUGUUCACGGUGGCACCACCUGCCUUAGAGCCCCACCAGAGGCUGCCGAUGCACUGACCGAGGCCUGUAAGCAGUAUGGCAAGGAGACCCUCAUCUAUCUGGCUUUCCUGGAGGGAGAAGGAACCCUUGAGAAUGUCAACAGCACAGCUAUGAAGAGCUGCCUCAGCAAGAUCAUGGCCAUCGGCGAGGAACUCCUGCCCAGGGGUCUGGACAUCAAACAGGAAGAACUAGGAGACCUGGUGGACAAGGAGAUGGCUGCUACUUCAGCCGCCAUUGAAACUGCUACAGCCAGAAUAGAGGAAAUGCUCAGCAAAUCUCGAGCAGGAGACACAGGAGUCAAAUUGGAGGUGAAUGAAAGGAUUCUUGGAUCUUGUACCAGUCUAAUGCAAGCUAUUCAGGUCCUGAUUGUAGCCUCAAAGGACCUCCAGAGAGAGAUCGUGGAAAGCGGCCGGGGCACAGCAUCCCCUAAAGAGUUUUAUGCCAAGAAUUCUCGAUGGACAGAAGGACUCAUCUCAGCCUCCAAAGCUGUGGGCUGGGGAGCCACUGUCAUGGUUGAUGCAGCCGAUCUGGUGGUACAAGGCAGAGGGAAGUUCGAGGAGCUGAUGGUGUGUUCCCAUGAAAUCGCUGCUAGCACAGCCCAGCUCGUGGCUGCAUCCAAGGUGAAAGCUGACAAGGACAGCCCAAACCUGGCCCAGCUGCAGCACGCCUCCCGCGGGGUGAGCCAGGCCACUGCUGCAGUCGUGGCCUCGACCAUUUCUGGCAAAUCACAGAUUGAGGAAACAGACAACAUGGACUUCUCCAGUAUGACGCUGACCCAGAUCAAACGCCAGGAGAUGGACUCCCAGGUUAGGGUUCUGGAACUAGAAAAUGAACUGCAGAAGGAGCGUCAGAAACUGGGAGAGCUUCGAAAAAAGCACUACGAGCUGGCCGGCGUUGCGGAGGGCUGGGAAGAAGGAACAGAAGCAUCUCCACCUGCACUGCAAGAAGCAGUAACCGAAAAAGAAUAGAGCCGCACCGACACCCCACACGUCACAGUGUAAAUCUCGAUUGGCCCUUUUGUGUGCGUUAUUCCCCACCACAGACUGAACCCCUGGAGUUGCAGCGGUGGCCACACCACUCCCAUUGUCCAGUGCUCAGGACCUGCAUGGCCUUCCAAAGACUCCCUCCACAGUGAUGCCCUUUGUGUCAGAACCCGUGAUCUGUGUUCUUUCCCCACCUCCCUGGUAUCCAGAGAGGAUGGGAAUAGGGCCACCCCCACAGAGAAGACUUCCCUCCCAGUCCUUCCUGUGGUUUUAGCCUUAAACAAUUGGUGUCCUUGUCCUAGGGGCUGUGGUGGCUGUGGUGGCUGUGGUUGAGGGCCUGCGGAGGGAAGGUCUUAUGCAUUUUCUUUUCUCUUUUCUUCUCAGUCUUUUCAGUUUCAUCACUUGCACAAACUUGUGAGCAUCAGAGGGCUGGUGGAUUCCAAAGCAGGACACUACCCUGGGUCUGUGCAGAGUCAGAAGGACAGGAGGAGUGUCCUGGCUGAGAAUGCCAAGGCAGCACUCCCCCUCUUUUUGGCAGUUCCAUGGAUUCCCACUUGCUGCUUAUGGUGAUUGGUUGGGUUUGGGGUUUUCUUUUUUCAAGUUUCGCUCACAUAGCCAACUCUCCCAAAGGGAACACCCCUGAGGCUCUGAGCUCCCAGGAGCCCCUGACCACAGCAGUUAACAGCAACGGUGCUGCUCAGGCUCUACCUUGGUGCUCCCAUCAGCCUCCAUGCUGAGUAUCCUGCUGAGUGUGGGUCAGCUGAGGCCACUCCCCAGGGUCGGGCGGAGCUGCUGAGCCACAGCUUUCCUCCAAAGGCAGAAGUGGAGGGAGUGCCUUUCCUUCCCAAAGCUGGAGCCCAGCUGAAAGCCUCUGCCCACCUUCACAAAUGAAAAGGCCACAGAAAGAGGGAAAGGAGGGGUACACACAGCCCAGGUCUUCAGGAGACGCCUUUCUUGGGAACUCCUUGUGACCAGGCUGGAAAACCUUAUCCCAUGCUUGAAUGGAGCUGGUGAGAUAGCCACACCUCUUUCCCCAGAAUGAAUUUUCCUUGGCACCUCCCUUCAGACCCAGGCAGGGCCCCAAGAGGGAGUUUGUGAGGGGUUUUCAAUUCCUUUCUCCAAAUGUCUGCCUGCCUUUGGUAUCCUCUUGAAUCUGAAGAAGCUAGUUCCAUGUUCUACCUAAUGACCAACCCAGAAGAUCAGGCAAACUUUCUCCCAGUAGGAAAGAACCCUGUGCUUGGCUAGGUUCCUUUAAUAUUUAUUACUAACCUCCAUUAAGCAGCAGCAGCAGCAGCCUACAAAAAGACGCUUGGAGCAAUCAGGAUUUCCGGUGUGACUAUAACAAGGCUUGCAUUGCUGCCCUGUACAUCAGUCUUCAAGAAUCGGAAACAAGGCCAAGAUGCCAUCCCAGUUUGUCACCGGUUUGGAUCAUGAAGCAAGCAAGGCUCCUCAGAGUUUCUGGGGCAGGGAAAACAAAAGGGGGAGCGUGGCUCCGUUCCAUUCUAGCCACAUGUCCCAGGCCCUCACUGCCCUGUGGACAGGAUGAGGGUAUGUCAAUACCCUUAUAGAGACGGGCAGCCCGGCAGCACUCCUCCACCUCCAGAUGGACCCCAGCAUUCAAGUGACCUUUCGAUCUUGGACAAACAAUGUCUUCCUUAUCUGUAGCAACUCAUAGGUAGCAGCCAACAAGCACUUCCCAGGACCUGUCCCGAAGGAACAUUGUACAUGUGGCUUGUGACAGGUUGUGAGACUCCUAUUUGAUCACUGUGAAUCAACCCCCUCCCUCCUCCCUAAACAUCCCCCAGACUCUGUCUCUGCGUUCUCUAAGUAGGGCGCUCAAAAAACUGUCUCCCUGUAGCUCAGAUGAUGAGACUCAGAUGUGUGAUCUCCACUGCAGGCUAAAGAGGGUUCAGUAGAAACAGGGUGCUCACGUUUAGCGCUUCUUCGUGCUCAGCGUUUUCCCAUCCGACGCUCAGGAGUGGUGUGCGGCAUCCCGGGCCCACUUGUGCCAAUUAAGCCAAUCAGUGUAGAUCAGUAUUUCCAAAGGUGGUUAGUCCUCAUUUUCAGAAUCUCAUCCGUUCAAACAGUUGGGGUCACCAGUUGGGGGGAAAGUCUAGAAGUAUACUGGGCCAGAUUAGGACUGAAAAUCACUCCCUCUUGAAAAGAAGCCACAAUAAUUUAAAAAAUCUUCAUGGGUUUAGCCAGUAAUGAAGCCAUGAAGAAAGCACUUGAAAUGGAGCACAGGCUCCAUCAGUCUUGUGUGAGGCAGUACCUGUCACGUAAUUCCGUCCACCGUUGCUCAGGUUCAAAGCUAGCCCAUUCUCUAGCCAGAAUCAAAUCGCCCUGUCUUGGCUCUUCUAAGAAUGAGUGUGAUACACCUUGAUGAAAACAAAUCAUAUCCUGAGGCUAAAAGUGAACCUCACAGCCUUUUAAAUUAGUCACCGAGCGUCAUCAGAGACUGGAGUCUCAUGGGUCAGUGUAAAUGGGUCAUGAGAGGACAGCAGCAAAAGGCUGGCUUGAGAUUGGCCAGAGGCUGAAAGGCAGCCACAUCUGUUGUUUAAUUUUGUAAUAUGGUGCUCUAAUACUCUAGAAUAAGGAUGUGUGUGUACAUAAUAAGGAAAAAAAAAGACCUUUUGUGGGGUUAUUUUAUAUCUGGACAAGGAGUUUAAAUUAGACUAUAGUUGAGAUUGGUCCCUAGGAUCCCACCUAAAUAUGAGUCCCUAUCGCUGUGGCCAGAAUUCAAAACAUUGCCCAGGGCAUUCUUUCUUGGAAGUGUUUGAGCUGUUGCAUCAGACGCCAAGUACCACAGGGUCACAGGUGCAUGUUUUUGGGUCGGGUUGCUAUGCUUGGACUCCGGGAGCUGGCCCUGAGUUUGCACCCAGGAAGUGCUCACUUGUUGCCAGCUCCUCAGUCUAGAGCAGCAGUUUCUCAGCCGGCAUGCCGUAAGAAUUUUUAAAAUGGGCAAUACCUGACUAGCCCUCUUUUCCCUUAGAUUGUCAUAUUAAAAAAUGACAACAGCCAACACAGCAAUAGCUGACUGGUGUGGAUGCCCUCACUUGAACCAUAAAUAGGGUUGCAUCUUAUUGGUCACAUCGCAUAAUGUUGCAUCUUCAGUUCUUGGUACCAGAAAUCCUUAUACACAAGUCUGGCACUGCAUCUGAUUUUCUAAAGUCACUUUGGAGCAAAAAGAGUAGGUAAUUACUUUUCAGGGGGGUGGGGAUAAAUCAAAAUUAUACCUAUUUUUUGUCAGAUGAGCAAAAAAUAUAUUUUUUGGUGUGUUGCAGAAUUUUAGUAGCUUAUGUGUGCCACGAGAUGAAAAAGGUUGAAAAUCACUGGUCUAGAGGGGUCCUCUGGCUCCACUUACCCUGGUCUUGAAUUACUUGUAAAGUUCUUGCCACCUUCUGCCACCUUUCCAAACCUCUGAAAUCCCUCUUGCCAACGGAAGCCUUCAGUGCUGGCAUUGGCCUGCGACCAGAUCAGCGUUGCCCUCUCCCCACACCGUCUGCCGGAGACCGCACUGCCUGCCAUAUAGACCACCACCACCACAGGCCUGCGGGCCCUCGGCUCAAGUCCAUGGUCUCCCGGGUGCAGACCAAAUAAGGAUCAGCAACCCACAGUGGUGGCCCAGCCUUUCACCCCAGGAGCCAAAGCAACAUGAAACCAUUGGUUAGAUGCCAUUGGGUUCGAUUCUGAGAGUAGAUCAUUUCCAGACAGAUCUUUCAGGUGACCCUCAACUACCUCAGGUUUGAAGGCCCUAAAUUAAGCUGAUUAUUCAUAGGGACAAACCGAGGGGGUUCAGGUAAAUCUUGGUGAUAACACAAUUGUCUCUAACUUUUAACUCUUUCACACUUAGGUUUGCAGGGAUGGGGUUGGGUUUGUUUUUCUUUUCUGUUUUUAACCUUUCCCCCAGUUUUCCAUUAGAAUAGUUCUUAUAAAUGAAUUUCAUUUUUCACGGAGUGCCUACCUUCCCAGGGCAGGUAGCCACUGGCUUUUGUUCCCUUCCAACGAUACUUUUAUUAUGGUAUUAAGACCUUUCUUUGUACAAAACGUUGCAUCUGUGUUUUCAAUUUUUCAAAUAAAUAUUUCAACCUGGCGAUGGA